CUGCGUCAGUGGUAGUUGCCGGUUAUUAUAAGCCGAUUUACUUUAGCUGGAAAGCGACACACAUAAUGUCAUGAAUAUCGUUUGCCUUUGUAUAACAAGGCAGCUAGUUUCCAAGAUCGCUACAAUGCUUUUAUUAGUGAACAUUUCGAUACUGGCUUCCAGACCGAAAUAGCGAUAGAGAGACAUGUACACGCGACCUUCGCCGGUGAGUUUAUAACGGGUUUUCACACACCGUUGAUUGAUUGUAAGUUCGUCUGCGUUGUGAAAACGUAGCAUCACAGUGGAGAGGUGCAAUCGACAGGCGUGUGUGUGCAAAAAAGUAGGAAAGUCAUAUGGAUAAACGAAAGUGGUUCUGAUAUUGGAAUUUCAUAACCAGCUAAAGAAGAAAACAACCGGAGAUAUAUUCAAGAUGGCGAUCACAGAAGAUACAAACACCCAUAACAGUGCGGUCCAAUUUAAGGUCUCAAAGGACACCGAAACAGAAGGUGUUGAGCUCACAACAUCUCCUUCUAAGACUGGGAACAAAUCUGCAAACAUAUAUAUUCGCAGGCGUCCUGCACUCUUUGAACGAGCGUCAAAAAGUUGGUGGGACCCCAAGUUUGAUUCCAAGAUCUUAGAAGAUCACUUAUGGAAAAGUUAUUUUCCCCAGACCCGGAGACGUUUCCAAUAUACUCUGAUAUUCGUUGCCAUUGCUUGCAUAGCUUGGAUAAUAUUUUUUACUUCUAUGCAAGAGGAACAUUGGAAACAAUUCACAGCAGGUUCUGGAGCUUUAUUUGUAAUAGUAGUUCUGAUAACUUUGUUCACCAAGACGAGGUUUUAUGAAAGGUUCUACCUUCUGACAUCAAUAGUGUUUACACUCAUUAUUUCAGGUGUGCUGCUAACACCAUUUGCAUUCCAUGAUCGUAACUUGUCAACUGUAGCUACCUUUGCAGGGUCAAUUGAAGUUUUGCUUUUGAUUUACACUUUUAUUCCAAUGCCUUUAUUUGCUGCAGUAAUUGUUGGGAUAACCUUUUCAGUUGGAUAUGAAACGGUUCUUAAUGUUCACAAGGUAAAGGACAAUGUAUGGAAUUCAUAUGAGAUCAUCAUUGCAAAGAUUCUGCUGCAUCUAUGCAUCCAUCUGAUUGGCAUCCAUAUCUUUACAAUGUCUCAGGUGCGAAGGAGAAGUACAUUUUGGAAGAUUGGUCAGUCUGCCAUAGCGAGAAGGGACCUGCAGAUAGAGAAACAGCUGAAGGAAAAGAUGAUCCAUUCUUUGAUGCCUCCAUCAGUUGCAGCUGAUGUGAUGCGUUCCCGAGAAGACAAGGAUGACAACAGUGACGAACUGGCAGAUGGCCGUAAAAAACGUAAAGGCAAGAGGGACAAGGGAGAGAUUAUUUUUAGACCUUUCAACAUGAACAAAAUGAGCAAUGUCAGCAUUCUCUUUGCAGACAUUGUUGGCUUCACCAAGAUGAGCUCAAACAAAACAGCUGAACAUUUGGUAGGCCUGCUCAAUGACCUCUUUGGACGAUUUGACAAACUGUGCACCCAGUCUGGAUGUGAAAAGAUCAGUACCUUAGGAGACUGUUACUACUGUGUCUGUGGAUGUCCAGAACAACGAGAAGAUCAUGCGAGGUGCUGUGUCGAAAUGGGCCUGGGUAUGAUCAAAGCCAUCAAGGAGUUUGAUUAUGAAAACAAUGAAUCUGUAAACAUGCGUGUUGGGGUUCACACAGGCACUGUACUUUGUGGAAUUGUAGGUACCAGACGUUUCAAGUUUGAUGUAUGGUCAAAUGAUGUCACAUUGGCCAACAUAAUGGAGUCCACAGGUCAGCCUGGAAUGGUACAUAUUUCCGAUCCUACAUAUCGGUUUCUGAAAGAUGAAUAUGAAGUUUCUUCAGGGGAAGAUGUGGAAGAUAUCAACACAAACAAAGUCUUGAUAGAACACUAUGACCUAGCGAAGUCCAGUUUUACCAUUCGCCACAAGGAGGAACAAAAUUUGAUUAAGACCUACUUUAUCAUCGGCCGCAAUAAGAAGCCUGGAGAUCCAUCGUCCAGUCCGCCUACUAACUCUAACAGUUACAUGAAUCCUGAAGAUGAAACUACCACCAAGCCUGACGUGAGUGUCGAACAUCUGAAUCCAGUGGAUAUUAAUUUGUCAGAAAGCAAUGCUUUAAUGGAAACAGAGAACGGUGCUAAUGGAGUGACGCCAGCGGCCCUGCUUGGUAGACGUCACAGCAGUGGGUUUUACGCGGGCAGCACGACUUCCCUCGAUCUCAUAAAGGAAGGCAAAGCUACUAUUAACAUUUCAUGUUGUGUGAAAAACAGUCCAUCCACCAGUGAGCGGAAUCACGGAGAGCUAGGCAGCGUGAUGAAUAACUCUAGCUCUCUUAACAAUAACCUCCCGUCACGCUGCGAUUGCCAAAAGCCUAAACAUUCAUCGAGUGUUGAAAACAUUAGGCUAGCUGUCAUACAGAUUCACACUUCAGGUGAUGUGGAGAGCCAGGUUCCGAUCGAUGCGGCGUGGAAGAAGCAGCGUGAGAAGCGUGACAAGGACGACCAGCAGAUCAUCAAGUGUAUCGAGGAGGACGUCAGCAACGACAAGUUCUUCUACGAGCCCAACAUCAACAAGCUGACCCUCAGCUUCCGCGACCGCAACCUCGAGAGCGACUUCCGCAACCACUACCUGGAGAGCGAGCUCUUCAAGGAGGAGACGGUGGCGUCUCCGCGCUACAUCGCGCUGCUGGAGGUGAUCUUCUCGCUGCUCGUCUACAUGUUCAUCACUGUGUGCUGCUGGGCGCUGUUCGACCGCCGCCUGCUGUGGAUCCUCGUGUUCGUCGUCACCCUCAUCAUAGAGCUGCUCAACCUCGUCAACGUCGCCUCCGACGUCUUCUGCCGCGUGCGCAAAAAGCAGCGGUGCGACUCGAUGAUGCGCGUUACGUCCGGUUGGUACUUCCGCAACUUCCUCGGCUCACUGAUUGCCGCGCUCCCGGCCGUGGUGGUGUUCUCGAACCUGUCGUGUGAGCUGAUCGGCAAGAGCUCGCACCACAUUGUCCUCUUCUUCUACUGCGUAUUCGUGGCGCUGCUGCACUUCUGCAACUUCACCAUGCUCAGCUCGUGGAUCAAAACGUGCAUCGCCACCAUCGGCGGGAUGUGUCUGAUCGUCAUCUCCAACGUGACCGUCUGCCCGCUAGACUCUGCAGAUUUUAACAAUAAUACUAUUAGUAAUUCCAGUGGUACUAACGACCCCAAUUAUGUGCCUCUUUUGUAUUAUAACACACCAAAGCACUUUAAUAACUACGAAAUGAUUCUCGAUGUUAUGAUACUGCUGUUCCUCAUCUUCUUCAUCAACCGCGAGUUCGAGAUCAGCUACCGGUCGAGCUACCACGGGAGCGCGCAGGCCGAACAUGACAAGCGGACGAUGCAGGAGAAUAAGGACCAGGCCGACUGGCUGCUGCACAACAUCAUCCCCGAGCACGUGUCGGAGCUGGUGAAGAAGACAUCCAAGUACUCGAAGAACCACAAGGACUGUGGCGUCAUCUUCGCAACGCUCGUCAACUUCAACGAAUUUUACGAUGAGUCAUACGAGGGCGGGCGCGAGUACCUGCGCGUGCUCAACGAGCUGAUCAGCGACUACGAGGUGCUGCUGGACCGUGACGAGUUCCAGGAUGUGGAGAAGAUCAAGACCAUCUGCAGCACGUUCAUGGCCGCCUCGGGACUCAACGAGCAGAACCGCAUGAAGAACAAACACCCGUACGCGCACCUGCACGCACUCCUCAAUUUCGCCAUGGAGCUGCAGAAGGCCGUGAACCGGUUCAACGAGAGCAUAUUCAACUUCGAAUUCAUCCUCAAUGUGGGCUUCAACUUUGGGGAGGUGACCGCUGGGGUCAUCGGCACCACCAAGCUGCUCUACGACAUAUGGGGCGACACCGUGAACAUUGCCAGUCGCAUGUACUCCACCGGCGUGGCCAAUCGGAUUCAGGUGCCAGAGGCCGCGGCCAAUCUACUGUCAGAUGCAUUCGAGUUUGAAUACCGUGGAGAAAUAUUCGUCAAGGGUAAAGGGCAGAUGAGGACAUAUCUUGUUGUGAAAAAUCGGGAAGAUUUCACGGGGUGGAAAAAAAAAAGAGAAAGUUUUUAAACAUUCGGAUAAAUACUCAGCACAUCAUGAAGUGAGCAUUUCAGAAUGGAUGUUAAUGUGAAUAUUUAUGAAUUGCUGACUUUCUUUUUGUUUUUUAAUUUGCUGGUUUUUAUUGUUCCAAUCGGGUCUGAUUGUUGCAAGUUGACUGCAAAGUCUUUAAAAAAAAAAAAAAUUCAGUUGAAGGAUUUGUUGAUCAGUUAGUUGGUCAGUUCAACAUUGCUAGCUGUAAAAUGACAUGUGUAAGGAAUAUGAAUGUGUCUUCUGUCCAGUCAUUCUAACGAGUGAGGAUUUUGAACAGUAUUACACAGACUAGUGUUCAUUCAUAAAGAUGUUUUAAAAAUGCUGGCUAGUCUUAUCACAAAGUAUCAAAGCAACCCACAGAAAUGUGUCCCAAGCCCCAUCCCCCCAACAUAAUUAUGUUUGUGGAUUGGGGUCAUGCUGAUUUGGGAUUUGGGGAAACAUUGGGGAGGGGGGGAAGGUCCAGUCUGAAAUUUUAGUUGGAUCAUAAUUUUUAAACGUUUACUGUAUAAAGAAAAAAAUGCCAACCUCGUUUUAAAAAAGUUUUGUUUUUGUUUUAUUAUGUUCAUUGUUUUCUUUGCAACCACAUUCUUACAUGUUUGUAAUAUAUUUUAGUUUUUGAAUUUAAAACCUGUACAUGAAUUUAUUUUUAUUUUAGAUCCAUUGUUUAUUUCGUUUCCUGUUGAUUUACACAGACUGUAGUCAAUCAUAGUGAAAGAGGUGUAUUUUAUUGAACCUUAUAAAGCUAUUUUAGUAAAGUAAUUAUGUAUAUUUUAAUGAAUCAUAUAACUGUUUUAAUAUCCAUAAAUCAUUUAAAUGUUGUUAUUCUGUAAGUUGGUAAUCAUAUGUAGUUAUGUCUUUAUGUCAGUCAGGUUAUCGGUGGUGAAGGGGGAGAGGGAGGGGUGUAUGUCCUGCAAGGGGAUAUAAUCAGCUUUGGUACUCUUCAAUCAGCUUUCUUUGGUAGGGUUGUUGUUGUUUUUUGUUUGUUUUUAAAGUAAUUUUCAUUUGUUGCAAAAUAUUUCAAAUACGUCAUUACAAAUUUCAAAAUUAUAUUUUUGUAUUUUUCUAUCUGUAGUAAUUUAUUUUCCAAGACCAUUUCUCUUUUUAUAAUCAAUUGUAAAAACCUGGUCCGGCAGUUCCAUACAGAUGACAUUCAUACGGACACAUUACCACCAAGAUUUAGGAGAUGUCGGCAUUUUGUAAAUGAUUUGUACUUAAAUACAACAAAGACAAAUUAAAAAAAUAUAUAUAUAUAAAAAUCCAAAUCUAGUUUGAAUUUUAAAUUAUGACUCAAGUCUUUACUCAAAAUCAUGGCUGGACUGUUGAUAAGAAAUCUUUCUUUAUGAUUGGACUUCAAAGCUAAAGAUAAAUGUUUUAUAAAUAUAAUGCCAGACCCACUCAAGAUUGAUGAAACAAAACCAUAAAAUAAUUCAUAAAAUAAAGCAAGAUCUCUAUUCCAAUUUUAAAAACCCCCGCAUCUCCCCCCCCCCCCCCCAACAAACAAAAAACAAUACAA